GGCGGACGGCGGGGCCUCCAUUUUGUCGGCCGCGUCCGUGCUGGCGAGUGGCUCGCUGGUCGCUCGGCCGGACGGGAGGCGCGUUGAGGCCGGGCCCGAGUGCGGACGGGGCGGCGGAGCUCGGCGGCCAGGCCUAGCGAGUGUCCGCAGCAGGCGGCGGAGAUGCGGCCCGUGGACGCGGCGGAGCCGGCCGAGCCCGAGGAGGUGGAGGUGCUGGAGCCCGAGGAGGAUUUCGAGCAGUUCUUGCUGCCGCUCAUCCGCGAGAUGCGGGCGGACCUGGCGGCGCCGAGCCGCGCGCACGGCGGCCGCCGCUGGGAGAUGGACAAGCUGCUGAUCGCCGUGCGGGCGCAGGUGGAGGCGUCGGAGGAGAGCGCCCUGAACCAGCUGCAGGGCCCCGGGCGGGCGGCCGCGCGGGCCGAGGAGGCCGACGAGAAGGCCCGCGAGACGGCCAAGAUGGCCGAGAUGCUGGUGGCGUUGGUGCGGCGGAUCGAGAAGGGCGAGUCGGCGUGAGCGCGGUUCGCGGCCCGCGGCUUGCUGUCGAGUGAUGGAGAGUGGCUGACCCCGGAGAAGCUGAAACCAGAGAGCCUUUUGUUUGUUUUUUUCUCUCCCCUGUCUACGCUCUGUCCAACUUACACUACGUUUCUGCUAUGGUCUGUGGUUAAUGACCUCAAUAUGGGUUUUGGAUUGUUGAGUG